AUGAAGACCUCACUAUACUCGUCGGCUCUGGCCCUCCUCUUCAUCUCCGCCUGCCGCGCCGCGCCGGCUCAGCAGACGCUGAACGACGGCAGCUCACUGAAGUACGGUACCGUCUAUGGUGGUCAGCUCUCCUACGACUCCUCAGGAGUCAUCAAAUACCCCUGCGCUGACCCUAAGGUCGCCAUUGGCACCUGCUACUCAUUUCAACUUUCCGCCAACCCGAAAGCUAACCUCGACACCAACCACCUCGACUCCCCGCGUCAGCGCAACGAGUUCCGCGUACCGUGGGCGGUGGCGGGGGAGAAGCACACGUAUGGGUGGAAGAUGUACUUGUACGGGAGCACGGGCACGGGCUCGACGUUCUUCCACUUGAUGCAGGUGUUCGACGAUACGACGGGGAUGCCGGUGGUCACUCUUGAUGCAAGGAAUGGUCAGGUGGGCAUUGAGAGUCAGACGCUUUGCCAGUCGCAGCCUUCCUCCGGUGGAGGCCUGCUGGGUCUUGGCGGCGGUGGGAGCAGUGGCAGCAGCUGCCCGAGCAUUCCGCUCUCGCAAUUUGUCGAUCGGACGACGCUGCAUUCUAUGAGUAUCACAUACGGCCAGCAAGGCUCGAUCAUAUACACGGUCACUGACGCUGCGACUAAGCAGACGUUACUGACGUACAGCGCGAAGGGCGCGCUUGGGUCCAGCAAGACUGCUGCCAAGUUCGGAACCUACCGCGCGACCUACCAGGGGGAAACUGCCGUCAUGGCUGGCGUCGGUGACUACACCCAUUCGUAA